CGCAAAUGGAAUAACAUAAAAUAGAAACUUGUAGUCAGAUAAACUUUAUUAUAGUUACCUAUAAUAAAAAGAGGCUGGCAGAGUUUAUAUUAUACAAUGCAAUCAUGUUGUGGUUUCUAAAAGUAUUGUUUCUUUGUUGUUGUUUUGGUGUAAAAACUGCACUUAGCCGGUCUAAUGAGUCUAUCAAGCAUAAUAUUAAUGAACCUGAUGAAAAAGAAGUUAAUUACAUCUUGGGAAGAAUACUACAGGCCGAUAAAUUCGAUGAGCUUGCUGAUAGAAUAGCAGAUAGAGCGGUAAAAAAGCUUAAUGACUUCCAGAAAACGAUUGUUACUGAAAAAAUAGGUUUUGAUGAUGGAAUAUAUCGUAGUCAAACGAAACCUAGUCUAAAACAAAGACUAACACAUAAACAUAAUCAUAAGCAUGGUAAAAUUAACGUAGAUGCCGUUUUAAAGAAAGCAAUCUUACCCUUAGGUGGGUUAAAAUUGAGAUAUAAAUAUUUAAAUAACAAACAUGCCAAUACCACUUCGGAGAAAGACAACGACGUAUCUGUAAAUACUGACCAUGACGAAGGCAGUGACAUAGAUCUAAAUAUGAAAACAAUUAGUGAUGAAAACUUUGAUAAUCCAUUUGGUACAGGACAAACCGUUUCUUGGGAUGAAACAUCUAAGAAUCCACCACCUAGAGACGAGCAAUUAGAUAAUUCGUUUAGAAGUGACACCAAUGACGGGCUUAGUAAUGAAAGUAAAUCAGGAGAAAAGGACGCAAACUUAACCAGAACAACAAGAACAGAAGGAGACAAACAAUUUGUUUUAGAAGAUCACCCAGAUUAUAAAGAAUAUAAUGAACAGAUGGCUAAUAUCGAAAAUCGACAUGAAUUUGACUUUGACAAAAAAAUAUUUUAGCAUAUUAUACUUAGAAUCAAAUUGUAAACACAUCAAUUAAUAAAUUGGCUCAUGAAU